CACAGGAAUGGAGUCUCUGACACACAGCCUGGCGGUGAAGCUGACCUGCAUGGUUCUUCUGUCUCUCUGUACAGUUGCUGACUCUGGGCUACCAAGAGCCGCCGCAGUGUUCCGGAGCAGACAGGAGGCCAGCGGGGUUCUGGCCCACCCACGCUUGAGGCGCGCUAACUCCAUACUGGAGGAGCUGAAACUAGGAGAUCUGGAGAGAGAGUGUCUGGAGGAGACCUGUUCAUAUGAGGAGGCCAGGGAGAUCUUCACUCGCCCUGAACAAUUAGACAAGUUUUGGAAAAUAUACUCAGACGUGGAUGAUUGUGAGUCUGGGCCGUGUUUGAACGGAGCACCCUGUGUGGAUCAGGUGAACGCUUACAUCUGCUUAUGUCCCCUUGGAUUUGAAGGACGAAACUGUGAUAGAGCGAAACGUACCUCUUAUGGCUGCUUAUAUAAAAAUGGAGGAUGUCAGCAUUUCUGUAGAGAGUUCCCUGAUCUGACUCACACCUGUUACUGUGCCCCUGGUUAUAAGCUGGCUAAGGACAACAGCAGCUGUCAACCACAAGUUUCCUUCCCUUGUGGAAGACCUGUGAAUGAGUUCCAGCCAAGGGUAGUGAAAGGUGAAGAGUGCCCUAAAGGACAAUGUCCAUGGCAGGCUCUGUUGGAGUACAGGAAGGAGUAUAAAUGUGGGGCGAUUGUUCUGGCGCCUCAGUGGAUCUUAACUGCUGCCCACUGCGUGUGGAGGAUGGAUGCUACUCACAUUCAGGUUAUUGCAGGUAAACACAACCGCUCUAUGAAGGAGAACACAGAACAGGUGAGGCAGGUAGCAAGGCUGAUCAUCCACCCCCAGUACAACCACACCACUACAGACGUCGACCUGGCCCUACUCAAACUACGGAAGCCAUUACGGCCUGGACCUUUCGUGGUGCCCGUGUGCCUGCCUGCUCUGGACGGGUCCUUCGAGCGAACUCUGGCCACUGUGCGCACCUCCGUGGUGAGCGGCUGGGGCCGCCUGGCGCAGUCUGGGCCUUUCUCCACCCUGCUCCAGAGGCUGGAGGUACCACGGGUGCCCCUGCAGGAGUGCCGUGCCCACUCGGGCCUCAACGUGACUCGGAACAUGCUCUGUGCGGGGUUUAGGGAGGGGGGCAGGGACGCGUGUCAGGGGGACAGUGGUGGGCCGCUUGUUACUCAUUACAAACAUACCUGGUUUCUUACCGGGGUGGUAAGCUGGGGAAAAGGCUGUGCCGGUGAAGACUUCUAUGGGAUCUACACCCGCGUAGCUAACUUCUUGGGAUGGAUUGACCGUACCAUGUCAACCGGCUGAGAGAAGGGUAUUAGUUUGAAACCUUCUGAAAGACUACUGGUAUGAUACAGACACAGUCAGAUACGGUACAUUCAAGCUAUGUAAUAUUAUGUUAAAUC